AUGUCUAGUAUCAUCAACAGUAGCAGUUCUAGUCAAGGAACUUCAACAAGCAGUACUUCUAGUGUAUUUACUUCCAUUAGCACAUCCCAAACCAUGUCUAGCAGCAGUAUCAGUCAAGAUAGCCCAACAACAACAACUACAACAAGAAUUACUAGUAGGGUUCUUGGUUUAACUCCUCCUAAUGGUCCAAGCAUUGUUUUUGGUGGCUCCGGUGGAUCAACCCCAACAACAACUACAGCAAGCAGUACUGGUGGUGGUAUUGGUGGUCCUACUCCAACAGGGACAGGUGGAUUGGGUGGUAAUGGUGGUGGCGGAGGUGCUGGUGGUUUCACACAAACAACUAUAAUGACUCAAUCUACUGGAAUGGGAGGAGCUGGUGGAGGGGGAGGAACUGCUGGUGCCGGCGGUGGUACUGGUUGCACUACAGCUACUGGUGGUACUGGAGGAACCGGUGGUAACGGCGAUGGAUUAUUAGUUGGAAAUGGUGGGGCAGGUGGAGGUGGUGGGGUUGGAACAUGUGGAACUGGAGGUCAAGGUGGUGGUGGAGGUCAAGGUGGUACGGGAGGAACAGGAGGACCAGGAGGUAUAAUAGUUUUUGAAGGGCCCCAGAAAAGAGGUAUUAAUAUUAGAGAUGAUAGCUCAACCCCGGAUGGACUGCAACUGGUCGCCCCUUCGAAUGACUCACCCGCCACUUCAAGUUCAGUUGACAAAGUUUCACCCACAAUAGAACCACAUACAGGUGGUGCUGCUCGUUAUUUUGCUGGGUUUUAUAUUCUUAUUUCAUUCAUUCCUUUGGUUUUGUAA